CACAUGCACACGCAUACACAGAGCUCCGGAGAACUUCUGUCCUAUAUGCGGAUUAUCUGUGACAUCCUCCCAGAUGUUUGGACACCAGGAAGCACUGCUUGACUUUUACGCACAAAUCUUUUCUUUUCUAAAUGUGAUUUGAGUCAACCCAAAGACAGAAGACGCGUUUAUGGCCACUAUACGGAAAGUUUUAAAGAGUGUAGAAUGGAUAUUUUUCUUUACAGUAUGACUUCUGAACAUCAAAAAACAGGUAUAACGUGGAAAAAAAGGAAGGAUGGAAAUCAGGUUUUUACCGCAGACUGGUUGUUCCGUUAGUCUGAUCAGAUGGCAUGGAUAAAGCGACGCUCAUCAAGGGAAAGGGCGCUUGAAAACAUACCAGGAGAUGACAUCAAAUAUUACUUAAAGUGACUAAAAGUUAUGGAGCCGACCAAGCCGAUUAACACCACCAAUGACAGUUUUAUUACUGCUGCAUCCACCAAGGAUGGGAUCACAGAGAGUCUCGCUUAUCAGAUAAGUCUGGCGGUAGUUCUCUCCGUCUUCACCCUCGCCACAACUUUAUCCAACGCUUUCGUCAUCGCAACAAUCUCCCAGUCAAAGAAGCUGCAAACUCCAGCGAACUUUCUUAUCGCGUCUCUGGCCAUCACGGACCUGCUGGUGUCCAUCCUGGUGAUGCCAAUCUGCGUCCUGUACACCGUCAUCCACACCUGGACUCUGGGGCAGAUCGUGUGCGACAUCUGGCUUUCUUCAGACAUUACAUGCUGCACUGCAUCCAUACUCCAUCUGUGCGUAAUCGCUUUGGAUAGGUACUGGGCCAUCACAGAUGCAGUGGAGUACUCCAAAAAGCGCACGCCCGGGCGAGCGGCAGGGAUGGUAGCCACAGCCUGGGUCAUCGCCAUUUCCAUCUCCCUGCCGCCGCUUUUCUGGAGGCAGGUGAAGGCGGAGGAGCUGACCAGCUGCAGCGUCAACACGGAUCAUAUCUUCUACACUAUCUACUCCACCUUUGGGGCUUUCUACAUCCCCACCCUGCUGCUGAUUGUUCUCUAUGGAAGGAUUUACGUUGAGGCUCGGAAGCGGAUCCUGAAGCAGUCCCCAAAGAAAGUGGGGAAGAGACUCACCUCCGCGCACCUGGUCACCAACUCCCCUGGAUCUGUAACAUCCACAGCCUCACUACAGUGCGGGAGGCACGACCCUCCGUCCAGCGACACCGGCUCUUCAACGAGCGAGAACCAGGUGAAAGUAACAGUGUCUGACGCGCUGUUGGAGAAAAAGCGCAUCUCAGCAGCCAGGGAGAGAAAAGCGACGAAGACUUUGGGGAUAAUCCUCGGCGCUUACAUCGUCUGCUGGCUGCCGUUUUUUAUUUACACACUUGUGGUGGCCACAUGUGACACGUGCUUUAACCCUGAGUUGUUUGACUUUUUCACCUGGUUGGGAUACCUGAACUCCCUCAUAAACCCCAUCAUUUACACCAUGGCAAACGAGGACUUCAAGAAGGCUUUCCAUAAACUUGUGUGCUUCAGAUGCUGCAGGUCGUGAAAAGGGGUUUUUCUUUAGUCUCUAAUUUGAGCUACUGAUGCGUUUAUUUUUGGAUAUGGAAAGCUAAAAAAUGAGUGAGAAUAUGGGGAGGAUACAUGCCACCCAUUUUUAUAAUUUUUGAGACUAAGCUUUAAGUUAUGAAAGCAGAAUUUAAAAAAAAUGUCCAUUAUGGUUAUUAAAUCCAGUGAGGAAAUUGAAAAUGCCACUUUUUAAUCUACCAAAUGUGAAAAUGAAGUGUGAAAUUUUGUGAUCACCUAUUGUCUGCAUUAAAAAAAGUGCUGAUUAGCUUUGUUACAUCCAAAAUUCAGUGAUGGGUUGUUACUAUUCUCUGUAAACUCCCUCUUGGACUGGCAAGUCAGACCAAUGCAUCGCACGUUAUUCCCAAGCCACACUGACCCAUUAAUAAGUAAGCAGCAGAGAUCACGGACAUCUGAAACGAGAAGUCAAAAGUAUACAAAUCUGGCAGAAUACCCAAGGCUCCUUUUUCCACUGUGUGCACAAACAAGAUAGCUCUAUUUUUAAAUGUCAGCAGUGUGUAUUCUCUGAGAAAUGGUGACAAUGGGAUAUAUUUUUAUUAUGGCACAUGGACCACUUGCUGCUCCUCUGUGUGGUUUCCCCCUUUUUUUUAGGGUGCACACUCUGAAAGAAAAUGUUCAUAUCAGAGUCAAACAAAGAAACUGUGUCUGAUAUUUACACUGAGGAGCUGAAGGAUGAUCGUCAGUUCAAUUUAACAGAACAAACAGCACCUUGUUUUACUGUGUGUGGCUCUGUUUGCUGCUCCAUUAAAUCUGUAUGUAGAGUAUGUGAUGUUCAUGCGUGAUAAAGGUUACCAUCCUAUGAUUAUAGCCACAGAGUUAAAUAGUAGAGGCUGCCCUGCAGGGCUGUAACAAUAAUGCUUAGGAUGUGACAGCAUUAUAUGAAACAAAGGUUUGUUGUUCAGGAAAUGAUAUGUUCAGAUUCAGAGAUGCUGUGCAAUAAAGGCUUUAAAUUAUUUAUUUUG